AUUUCAACGUAGCUACCUAUUCACUGUUGUAGCAACUAUGUUUUAUAUUAUGUUCUAGUAAUAUAACUUAUAUGUAGUUUUUAGUAUUUCCUUUUACUAAACUAAACAGAAUGGAGCUAAGGAUAUUUUUCAUGAAUUCUAUAUAUUGUGUUUUGAUAUUUCUACUAACUCCAAUUAAAGGAAAUUAUGACGCUGAAACGGCUUUAAAAAUAAAAGACAUGGAUUUAGCUUACGGUGAAAAAUUGACAAGUUUGGAAGAGUUAGCAAAAAAACCUCAAAAGUUGGGGGGAAAAUUCGACCCACUCCCGGGUAUAACGUCGAGGUUUGGGCUUGAUCAAGAACAUGCCAAGGAAAUGGAGAAGUACAAAGGAAAAGUCAAACGGGAUGACAUAGAAGCGGACCAAAAGCAGAAUGAAACGAAGUUAGGGUAUGGCAAGGAAUCUGAGUCAACGGACCAAAAGCAGAAUAGAACGAAGUUAGGGUAUGGCAAGGAAUCUGAGUCAUCGGACCUGAAGCAGUGUCUAUCGAAGUUAGGGUAUGGCAAGGAAUCUGUGUCAACGGACCUGAAGCUGAGUAUAUCGAAGUUAGGGUAUGGCAAGGAAUCUGAGUCAACGGACCUGAAGCAGUGCCUAUCGAAGUUAGGGUAUGGCAAGGAAUCUGAGUCAACGGACCAAAAGCAGAAUAGAACGAAGUUAGGGUAUGGCAAGGAAUCUGAGUCAUCGGACCUGAAGCAGUGUCUAUCGAAGUUAGGGUAUGGCAAGGAAUCUGAGUCAUUGUACCUGGAGCAGAGUAUAUCGAUAUUAACGGACCUGAAGCAGUGCCUAUCGAAGUUAGGGUAUGGCAAGGAAUCUGUGUCAAGGGACCUGGAGCGGAUUCUAUCGAAGUUAGCGGACCAGAAGCUGAGUAAAUCGAAGUUAGGGUAUGGCAAGGAAUCUGAGUCAACGGACCAGAAGCUGAGUAAAUCGAAGUUAGGGUAUGGCAAGGAAUCUGAGUCAACGAACCUGAAGCAGAAUGAAACGACGUCCGGGAGCGACAACGAAACUGAUUCAAGUUCUUCACAAUCUAGUGAAGAUAAUGAGGGGGUUCUCGUCACCUUAGGCUCUACAUCUAGAAUACCACGAAGCACUAAAUGUACUGCUUCACCUUUACCAACGUUGAGUAAGGAUUUCUUUCCAUGUAAGUUAAGUUCCAUAAAAGUUCUAAUCAUUUUGUGA